AUGCAAAGGACGGAAACCCAAAAAGAACAUGCCAGGAAGAAGAAAGAAGUCGUCAUGAUCCCCAACCCAAAUCAAUGCGAUGCGAACAAGGAGAAGAAGAUGGAAAAGAAAGUUGUUGAGGGCCUCGAGGGCGCCUCUCAUCUGGGCCUGGCUAAUCUCCAAGCCGCCGCGGGCCUCGUCAUUGUAGCCGAUUCUGAUUUUGCCAUUGGCUUGCUGUUGUUUGUGGGGCGACCAGCGCCUAGCGAUUUCCCAGCGCUUCUUGGUCUUUUGGAAGGUUGGGCAGGUGGGGGAGACGUCUUUGAGGGCGCGGAGGGCGUUGAGGGCGUUGAGGAUGUUGAGGAAGAUGCUGUGAGGAGGGCGGGGCUUCACAUCAUGAUCCCAUCGAUACGCCACUUCGCAAAACGGAUUUCCUUGGGCCACGACAUCCAAGAAGACAAACAGACUCUCCUCGACACUAAUGUCCGCGCUCACCUGACUCUGCACAUUGGCCAGAAUCCAAUCCGCCAGCUCGAAAAAGGUGGUCUGGUUGAAAUGGCAAAAGUCGAGGAAGCGGUCGGGGACGGUGAAGAGGAGCUGCAUGGCGCGUCGCUUGCCCAGGGCUUCGAUGCAGCCGCCCAGUUCCUGGAGAUGGGAGUCUUCGUCGUCGUCGAUGUCGUCGUCAUUGUGGGCGUGGUGGGCAUGGUGGUGGUGUUGGUGGUCAUUGUGGAUGGGAUGCCCAUUCUCAGACGGGGGCGUCGUGGACGUCGAGGUGGAAUCGAGAUCCGACGAGGUCAGAUGCGAGGUCCACGACGUCCACGACGUAGCCGGCAGCACCUCGGUUUCAGAGGAGAUGUCGCGCGUGUGCGAGUAUGCGUUUGGCCGUCUGACCAUGAUGACUGUGUAUGUUGUAUCGUUUAUAGCGAGGGAGUUUCUCCGGUGGGAAUCGAGAUGGUUUGUCGUGUGGUUGUGGUUGUGGUUGUGGUUGUGGAGGUGGAGGUGGAGGUGGAUGUCGUAAGUAGUAGUGUCAAAAUCUCCCUUGUCCCCCCCCCUCUCUCGUACCAACCAAGCCAGCUACCGGUACCUAAACCACGCUAUGGGUAUUUCUGCCUCCCCCCCUUGUCACAACCAAGCUUCGACUAUAGUAGGUACCGUAUUCACUGUCCCGUACUCUUUGUAGUAGCCACCAAGCCCGUACCGCAAAAACCAAACCCUCGAACCCCCAAAACGCAGCCUCUCUUCCCUUGGGAAAAAUCCCCCCCUACUCCCGCUCCCAAACCACAGCCGUCCGUAUCCGACCUCGCCAACCAGCCCCCAAAAAUAAAAAAGUACAAAACAGGGUUGCGAAGGUGGGAAAUCAAGACGAAAAAACCUAGCCAGCCACAGACACUGCACUCCUUCUGCAAGACAGAGAAGAGCGGAUGA